AUGGAAUUCCCAACUACACCUUCAAACGCAUCAGACAGCAAUGAGUAUUCUGGAACAGGUGCACAAUUCGAUUUAUCUCAUGACAACAACACAAAACGACGAAGUUCUUCUCGAUCAAUAAAACGUAGACGAUUCGACGAUGAGCUUGUCGAGUAUAGUUUGGGUUUGCCGGGUGCUUCUUUGGGUAAAGGGGAGAAGAGAAUUCGUACCCAAUCAUAUACAAGCCAGUUGCCUGAAUUUCCUUUAGUGGCUCCAUCCACACCAAUCGCCGUAUUACCUGAGAAACGUAAAUCCUCAAAUAAAGUGUCAGCAGGCAGCUUAUCCCGGAAAUCGCGCCGUAAGGGUCAACUUAGUCAACUUUCCACAAAAGAUUUGGGGCGAUGGAAACCAACAGAUGAUUUAGCUUUAAUACUAGGAGUCCAACAAACAAAUGACUUGAGGACAGUACAUCGUGGAGUGAAGUUUUCCUGUCGUUUUACUGUAGCUGAACUUCAGUCCCGUUGGUAUGCACUACUAUAUAAUGCUGAAAUAUCUAGAGUGGCUGUAGCAGCAAUGAGAAAUUUACAUCCUGACCUUGUAGCCGCAGUGCAACAACAGGCACUUUACUCUACAGCAGAAGAAGAUUUACUUGGAACCAUAACAAGUAAAUCUCACCCGGGUCCAGAGAAAUUUCAAGAAUUAUUGGAGCAGAAUCCACAUGUAUUCUAUUCAACAAGAACGCCUGAAAGCAUAAUGGAACAUUGGCAACUUUUAAAACAAUAUCAUUUGCUGCCGGAUCAGACAGUUCAACCAUUGCCUAAAAUCCUUUCAGAUCAAGAGACAGCGAUGACAUUCUCUGACGCAGAAGAGACUAUUAAUGACUCCGAGUUGCCAAAUUACAAGGAAGAUGGUGUUGACAUUGAAAUGCAGAUAGCUGAUAGAAUCGAAAAGAAGGAUAUAAGACUACUAGAGAACUCGAUGUCUCGCUGGCAAGUCCUCGUGCAGUCCGUAGCUGGUGGGAACGUGGAGCUGGACAAGAAUACACUCGCAGUUCUUCGCGGACGUCUGGUUCGAUAUCUGAUGCGAUCGCGAGAGAUCGCUGUCGGCCGCAGCACCAGAGAUCACACGAUAGACGUGGAUUUGAGCCUCGAAGGGCCAGCUGCGAAGGUGUCGCGGAAGCAAGCCACGAUUCGUCUGCGGAACAGCGGCGAGUUCUUCGUGUCUUCGGAGGGCAAGAGGCCGAUAUUCGUUGACGGUCGACCGAUUCUUCAAGGGAACAAAGUGAAACUGAAUCACAAUAGCGUGAUUGAGAUAGCGGGCCUUCGUUUCGUCUUCCUCAUAAACCAGGACCUCAUCAGCGCCAUCCGGCAGGAAGCUGUGAAAGUGACUAUACCCGCAUAA